GAGAGUGAGAGGGAGAGAGGGGGGUGACAACUAGCGAGGUUUGGGUGAGCAAGAAGUUUUACAAUCGGUAGAGCAGAGUAAGCUCUUUUUACUCAGUUAUGAUCAAGCAAUGAAAUUCCGGAAACUUAUGCUGACAGGAGAGGACGAAAACAAAGUUAAAGAAUAAUAGCAAUUAUUACGUUUGGUCUUUGGGAUUCUAUGUGGAUUUUACAGAAAAUAUGGGACAACUACCCGGUGUCUCUACGGGAAAAUUCAUCCUCCUAUUCGCAUACUGGAUUAAGCUUUCGGAGGCGCUGCAGUGUGCCGGUCCCCAGAAGCCCUGCGUGAACGGAAACUGCGUCACCUACGGCAACGGCACGGGAUACUGCAAGUGCAGUCCUGGCUUCCUAGGGGUGUACUGUCACCACCCGGACCCCUGCACCCCGGGCUACUGUCUCAACGGGGGCACGUGCAGGGCGAGCGGGACGGGCGUGCCGAGCGUGCCCGUCUGCACCUGCCCCCUGGCCUUCACCGGGACCGUCUGCCAGACGCUCCAGAACUCCCUGUGCCACCCCGCCAACCCGUGCCAGCACAACGGGUCCUGCACACUGCUCUCCCAGGAAAAGUACCGGUGCGACUGCCUUCAAGGGUGGACAGGCGAGCAGUGCCAGUGGAAGGACGGCUGUCUGUCCAGCCCCUGCCGCAACGGGGGCACCUGCGUCUCCAAGCCGGAUGGUGGGUUCAGCUGCAGGUGCACCCCAGGGUACACGGGCCGCGGCUGCCAGAAAGACAGGAACGAGUGCGCCUCCGGCUCGCCGUGCCAGAACGGCGGCACGUGCGUGAACACGCCGGGGUCCUACCGCUGCGACUGCCCGAGCCUCUUCACCGGGCCGCAGUGCCAGAGCCGCUACGUGCCCUGCUCCCCCUCCCCGUGCCUCAACGGGGGCACCUGCCACCCCACCUCCGCAACCAGCCACGAGUGCCUCUGCCUGCCAGGCUUCAAUGGGACAAAGUGUGAGAACAACGUGGACGACUGUCCUGGCCAUCGCUGUGACAACGGGGGCACCUGUCUGGACGGGGUCAAUACCUACAACUGCCAGUGUCCUCCAGAGUGGACGGGUACAUUCUGCACGGAGGACGUGGACGAGUGCCGGCUGCAGCCCAACGCCUGUCAGAACGGCGGCACCUGCAGCAACUCGCUGCGCGGCUACAACUGCGUCUGCGUCAACGGCUGGACGGGGCCCGACUGCUCGGAGAACAUCGACGACUGCCGCGAGGCGGCCUGCGGCGACGGCUCCACCUGCAUCGACCGCGUGGCGUCCUUCCUCUGCCUGUGCCCCGUGGGCAAGACGGGGCUGCGCUGCAACGUGGACGACGCCUGCAUGAGCUCCCCGUGCAAGAACAACGCGCCGUGCGACCCCAACCCCAUCAGCGGCAUGUUCAACUGCAACUGCCUCCCCGGCUACAGGGGCAUCACCUGCGAGGAGGACGUGGACGAGUGCAAGAUGGCGUCGGACCUCUGUGAGCACCACGGGACCUGCGUGAACACGGUGGGCUCCUUCACCUGCCGGUGCCCGCCCGGGUACGGCGGGCCGCGCUGCGAGCUGGACGUCAACGAGUGCACCUCCUCGCCCUGCCUGAACGGCGGCACCUGCCUGGACCAGAUCGGGGAGUACAUCUGCUUCUGCAUGCCAGGAUUCACGGGCGUGCACUGCGAGGAGGACAUAAACGAGUGCGACAGUCUGCCCUGCCUGAACGGGGGGCGGUGCCAGAACGACGUGAACAAGUUCACCUGCAUCUGCGACCCAGGUUUUGGAGGGAAGAUGUGUGAGGUGGACAUCGAUGAGUGCGCCAGCACGCCCUGCCACAACGGAGCUCGGUGUGUGGACCUUCCCUCCAAAUACGAGUGUGAAUGUGCAGAAGGAUUCACAGGGACGCGGUGCGAGGAGAACGUGAACGACUGCGACCCGGAGCCGUGCCACCACGGCGUGUGCGAGGACGGCAUCGCCACCUACACCUGCCGCUGCCACCCGGGCUACACCGGGCCCAAGUGCGAGCACGUGGCCCGGAAGUGCGACAGCGGCCCCUGCCAGAACCGCGCCCGCUGCGUGGACAUGGGCGGCCAGUACCGGUGCGAAUGCCUGCCCGGCACCUCAGGUGUGAACUGUGAGAUAAACUCUGAUGACUGUGCCAGCAGCCCAUGCGAGUAUGGUGUGUGUCAGGACGGUAUCAACAAGUACACCUGUGUGUGCGAGCCAGGAUACACAGGCGAGAGGUGCAACGUGGAGAUCAACGAGUGCAACUCCAACCCCUGCCUCAACGGGGCCGUGUGCCAGGACGGGCUCAACGGGUUCCGCUGCGUGUGCCCGCCCGGCACCCACGAGCCCCUGUGCCACUCCGGGGCGGACCCGUGCGCCCCCGGGCCCUGCGCGCACGGGGCGUGUGUGGAGGAGCGGGACGGGUACCGCUGCGACUGCAGCCCGGGCUGGAAGGGACAGCACUGCGACCUGGAGCAGGACGAGUGCCGGUCCGACCCCUGCCAGCACGGCGGCCAGUGCCAGGAUCGCACCGACGGCUACGUCUGCAUGUGCACCCCAGGAUUUGCAGGAGAGAACUGUGAGAUCAACAUCGACGAGUGCAAAUCCAACCCCUGUCUAAACCAAGGAGCCUGCGUGGACAGAGUCAACGGCUACAGCUGCAACUGCACCCUGCCCUACAAAGGGACACACUGUGAGGAGCAGCUGGUCCCCUGCGCUACACAUCCGUGUGAACAUGGAGGCACGUGUCACCCCUCUCCUGACUACUCCUCUUACAGCUGCCAGUGUGCCACGGGAUGGCAAGGUCCACGGUGUGCUCAGGAUGUAGAUGAGUGCAGUACCAGUCCCUGCCAGAAUGAGGCGCGCUGCUUCAACAGAAAUGGUGGCUACCAGUGAUGACGUGCACCCUGGUACUCCAGGUCACACUGCUCGUCAGACCUCUGCCUGAACGGAGGCAGCUGCGUGGACCGCGUGGCGGGGUUCGUGUGCGCCUGCCGGCCCGGGUUCGAGGGGACUCGCUGCGAGACGGAGGUGGACGAGUGCGCGAGCCGGCCCUGCCGGAACGGGGGCCAGUGCCAGGACUUCGUCAACAGCUUCGUGUGCCAGUGCAAGUCGGGCUUCGACGGCGUCCGCUGCGAACGCAACGUCCCGGAGUGCACCGAGAGCUCCUGCCUGAACAACGGCACCUGCGUGGACGGGAUAAAGAGCUACACCUGCCGCUGCAGGCUCGGCUUCACCGGGAAGUACUGCCAGCACGAGAUCAACGAGUGCGAUCAGCUGCAGCCCUGCAUGAACGGGGGCGUCUGCACCGACGGCCUGGACUCCUACCGCUGCUCCUGCCCCGCGGAGUACACCGGGGAGAACUGCCAGCACCCUCUUAACCUGUGCAGUCAGAAUCCCUGUCUGAACAGUGGGACCUGUGUACACAAUGGGGGAUCCAGGGAGUGCCAGUGUGCUGUGGGCUGGACUGGGCUGUACUGCGACAUCCCCAAUGUGUCCUGCCAGGCCAUAGCUAGCAGCAAGGGUGUACCGGUGGACAGGGUGUGCCAGCACGGCGGGCGCUGCCAGGACGAGGGGCGCACUCACCGCUGCGAGUGCCAGCCCGGCUACACCGGCAGCUACUGCCAGGUGGAGGUGGACGAGUGCCAGUCCAACCCCUGCAAGAACGGCGGCACCUGUGUGGACUACCUGGGGAUGUACGAGUGCCAGUGUAAAGAUGGGUACCAGGGGGUGAACUGCCAGUACGAUGUGGAUGAGUGCCAGUCCCACCCCUGCCUGCACGGGGGCACCUGCUUCAACCUGGCCAACCGCUUCUACUGCACCUGUCCUCCAGGGACACAAGGUCUGCGGUGUGAGGUGGACGUUGACGAGUGCGACCCGGCUGUGGCCCCCGAGGGCCCGCGCUGUCUGCACGGCGGGCGGUGUGUGGACGGCCUGGGCCGCUUCACCUGCGUCUGCCCGCCCGGGUUCACGGGCCAGUACUGCGAGGGCGACAUCAACGAGUGCCUGUCCGCACCCUGCCACGCCCCCGGCACCCUGGACUGCGUGCAGCUGCCCAACAACUACGAGUGCCGCUGUCGCCUAGGUUACAUAGGACGGCACUGCGAGCUCAUGCUGGACCUGUGUCGCUCCAGCCCGUGUCACAAUGGGGGCGUGUGCUCGGUGAACAGCAGCUCGGCGCACGGCUACAGCUGCGACUGCAAGCCGGGCUACCUGCUCUGCCAGAACGGCGGCACCUGCCUGCCGGACCCCCGCGGCCCCGCCCACUACACCUGCCGGUGCCCCGCCCCCUUCUCGGGCAAGCGGUGCGAGCUGGCGUCGUCGUCGGCCUGCUCGGACCCGGAGUGCGCCGCGCGGUCGGGGGACGGCGUGUGCGACGCGCAGUGCAACCGGCGCGAGUGUGAGUGGGACGGCGGCGACUGCUCCCUGCACCGCCUCGACCCCUGGGCCCGCUGCUCCGCCCCCGUGCCCUGCUGGGAGCUCUUCCGCAACGGCCGCUGCGACCGCCAGUGCGACAGCCCCGGCUGCCUCUUCGACAGCUUCGAGUGCCAGACCGCCAGCAUCCCCUGCAGGUACAAUGACUACUGCGCCGACCACUACGGCAACGGUCACUGCGACCGCAGCUGCAACACGGAGGAGUGUGGCUGGGACGGGCUGGACUGCGCCGCCGGGGAGGCGGAGCGCGUGGCGGACGGCGAGCUGGUGCUGGUGGUGCGGCUGCAGCCGGACGAGCUGCGCAAGGACCUGCAGGCCUUCCUGCGCUCGCUGAGCGUGCUGCUGCGCACCAACCUGCGCUGCAAGACCAUCGUGCCCUACUACGGCCCCGAGGGGCCGGGGGAGGGGCCGGGGCGGCGGGAGGGGCCCAGGCGGGGCCAGGGCGCAGGGGCCGCGCCGCUCCAGCAGAGGGGAAAACGGGAGCAGGGGGAGGAGGUGAUCGGGUCCAAAGUGUACCUGGAGAUUGACAACCGGCAGUGUGCGCAGGCUGGUAAGGAGUGCUUCUCCAGCACCGAACAGGCGGCCUCCUACAUCGCUGCCCAGCACAUCAAAACCCCGCUGUCCUACCCCCUGGUCUCUGUCACAAGCAUUCCUGGGGAGGAGAAGCCAUCGUUCCUGAUGUACGUUAUUGGCGCCGUCGUGGUCGUCAUGCUACUGCUCUUUCUGCUGCUGGGCGUGCUGGCCGUCAAACGCAAGCGCAAGAGCGCCCCCCUGUGGCUGCCCGAGGGAUUCUUCCUCCGGGACCGCAAACGCAGUGAGCCCCUGGGCCAGGAUGACUUUGCCUUGAAGAGCGUUGUGAAGUCGAAGGAUGGAGGGAUGGUGGACUGCAGCCAGAGCCAGCACUGGCCCGAGGAGAGCUGCCAGCCCAAGAAAAUGAAGAUGGAGGACAACCCCCUGCUGCCCGCGGGCGUGGACGGAGGAGAGGUGGACCGGAGGGAGUGGACCCUGCAGCACCGCAAAGCGGCCGACAUCCCCCUGACCCCGCCCCAGUCCCAGCUUGACUCCGACUGCCUGGACAUCGACGCCAAGGGGCCAGACGGAUUUACACCCCUGAUGCUGGCCUCGCUGAGGGGGGGCGGGGCCCAGGAGUGCUGUGGCCUGCUGGGAGAGGAGGAGGAGGACAGCGGGGGGGAGGAGCCGGGGCCCUCCGUCAUCACCGACCUGAUCACCGGGGGGGCGUCGCUCGUGGCCCAGACGGACCGCACAGGAGAGACGGCCCUGCACCUGGCCGCCCGCUACUCCCGCGCCGACGCCGCCAAGAGGCUGCUGGACGCCGGCGCCGACGCCAACGCGCACGACAACAUGGGCCGCACCCCCCUGCACGCCGCCGUGGCGGCCGACGCCCAGGGAGUCUUUCAGGUAAAAGCAGUCCUCCCGAGAGCUGCUGUCACUUGGCCCACUGACACGCCCUCCUCCUCCCCCCUGAGGGACUGUUACCCCGAGCCCCCCUCUCUCCGCCCCCUCAGACUGACACGCCCCUCUCUCCGCCCUCUCCCUCAGACUACAGCCCUGCGGCCCGUGCACUCAGACUGGACGCCUCGCAAGUCAGCCCUGCACUGGGCAGCGGCCGUCAACAACAUAGAGGCAACCCUGGUGCUGCUUAAGAACGGAGCCAACAGGGACAUGCAGGACAACAAGGAGGAGACGCCCCUGUUCCUGGCCGCCCGGGAGGGCAGCUUCAAGGCGGCGCAGAUCCUGCUGGACCACUUCGCCAACCGUGACAUCACGGACCACAUGGACCGGCUGCCGCGCGACUCGGCGCUGGAGCGCAUGCACCACGACAUCGUGCGCCUCCUGGACCAGUACAACCUGAUCCACAGCCCGCACGCCGGGCACCUGGGCGGGGCCUCCGGGCACCCCGCCCUGGCGUGCGGCGGAGGCGGGGCCUUCCCGGGGUCCCACCCCCAGGGGAAGAAGAGCAGGCGCGGGGGCGCCAAAGCGGGGGGCGGGGCCGCGAGGGAGCUGAAGGACAUGAAGGCCAGGCGGAGGAAGAAGCCUGCCGGAGGGGAGGGGCCGGUCGCCGGGGGUGAUGGCGAGGGGGGAGUCGACGACAAGGCCACCAAGGGCGGGGGGCUGUCGGAGAGUUCGGUCACGCUGUCUCCCGUCGACUCCCUGGAGUCUCCCCAUGCAAACGGGGGAGAGGGUGUCGGCACCGGUGGUGCCAACACGGCCACCUCGCCCUCAAUGGUAGGCAACCAGCCUGCCCGGGGGCCACUCCUACCACCUGUCAAUCACAUGCUGGGGCAGCAGCAGCAGCAGCAGCAGCAGCAGGGCUGGGCGGAGCUCCCCCAGCACAGCUACAUGGGCCGGGGGUUCGGGCUCCUGCCGCACCAGCUGGGCAUGCUGCACCCCGGGCUUCAGCAGAGGCGCCAGCCCUGCCCCCCCGGCCCCAUGAGCCAUGAGCAGCUCCCCCCCGUCGUCACCUUCCAGAUGAUGGCUCCGCCCACGCAGGACCAGGGCCCUUCCCACUCGCUCCGCCCCCAGGGCCUGAUGUACCCGCCGCCCAAAAUGGGCCUCUCCCACUCCCUGUCCCACCCCCAUCCCUACCUGCACGCCCACUCCCUCCCCCACGCCCACAGGCCGGCCGACGCCCAGUGCCGCCAGCUCCCUGCCUACCAGCAGAGCCCCGUGGAUAAGUACCCCACCCCUCCCUCCCAGCACAGCUACACCCCGGCCGGGUCGGAGGGCGCCACCCCCGGCCACCCGCCGCACCCGCCCGGCGAGAACCCUUACCUCACCCCCUCCCCGGAGUCCCCCGACCCCUGGUCUUCGUCCUCCCCCCACUCCAACUCAGACUGGUCUGACGUCACCACCAGCCCCACCCCCCUGGGGAACGUCCGCGCCCCGGCCCCCGCCCGACGCACGCACCUCCCCGAGCAGCAGGCCCCGCUGGAGGAGCAGAAGGCGCAGAGCCUGCACGGUGGCAUGCAGGCGUACGCCUAGAGACAUUCCGCCCGGCCUCCCCCCGUCCCUCGCUCCAACUACACCCGGCCCACACUAUCCCCUGCCCCCCCCCCCGCCCAGGGCACGAACAGAACUCCCUCCCGCCCACUCUUCACAUUCAGCACAAAUACAGAUCACCGUCACGCUAAAUAUUACCCCCAUGCAUGGCUCCAAAAAAUAUAUGCUAUGUAUACAUAUAUCAAACCAUAAAUCACUAAGUCCGCUGGUUGGUUUCUCAGCUUUUUAUAUAUUUUUUGCAAAUUUUCUCUAUAGAUGGGGUUGGGGCUUGUCGGAACAUGUUUUUAUAUUGUGUGUCUAAAAAGUAAGGAGGGUCAUGUCCUUUGAGGAACCUAAAAAGGAGCGGAGAGACAUGGACAGAAUGGACACCGGACCGAGCAGGCUAGACGGCUCCCAGCGGUACCCAUUCUGGGUGGCUCCUUUCUCCAACUUGUUUCCUUUUCUGUCACUCGGUCAGGGGAAUAUGCUUGUAAUAUUGACUCUUCAGUAUUUGUUCUGUUGUGGCUCAGGCCUGUUUUUGGGGAAAGCUGUUCUCAUGAUGAAGCCAAAAAACUUAUUUCAGUUUUUGUUACUUGUGGAGUGCUGGUGACUGGUAUGGUUUAGGAAGCUGGCGUUUGUGGAUUACGUGUUACACACAGGUGACUUACAGAAGCACAUACCUACUUCCCUUGUCACGAUUCAAAGGUUAAUUGUGGUUAACCCCAUGGGUCACCUGAAACAUUGCAGCUUGCUCUGUUUAAGCCAGUGAACCAGAGCAUGUUGGGCCUUGGUGUUCUGAUGGUCUACAAUGGUCCCAAAAUGUCAAAGAUGGAGACUCAAGUAAUACACCGAACAACUCAUCCUCCACUUCAGAUCAGAAUUACCCCUGCCUCCCCUCCCACAGAUUCCAUCAGUCACCACAAACUUUUUGUGCCAUUCUGAAAAAUGUUUAAAGCACUGUCAGCUCUUCUGAUGGAACCUUUCAAUAUGUGCACUACAUCCUACAGGAAUACUUCUGCAAUCAUGCAUUUCCAGGUUUGUACGAUGGCCAUUUUUGCUUGAGAGCUGGGGGCCAAUAAAUGCUAUAAAAAUUGUCCAGAUGUCAGUGUUACAUUAAAGUGCACCUAGAGUAGUCGUCUGAAAGAGAAACUCAAGGGAAAGUGUGGUUUGAUAUGCCAAAAAUGAUCAGCCACCCUUGUCCAGAGUACAUAGUUUGCAUUUUAUUUUAUGUGCCAAUCAAACCCUUUUCCUGGGUUUUCGAUGAAAGUAUUGUACGUUUUCAGUAAAAAUAAACAAAAAAGUGUAUGUGUGUUAAUAUUGUCAUGUAUGGAUUUUUUUUUUUUUUUCAGAGAAGGCCCUUAAUACAGGUGCCUAUUCAGUGAAUGUUUUUGUGCUUUUGUGUUUUGUUUCAGGGUUCUUUUCGAACCAAAAAAGUAACCCUCACAAAUUUGGAAGAGGGGGUAGCUCCUAUAUAUAUGGUACGAUGAGCAACCAUGAUUUUUUUCUGAAUAUGGCACUGUUUAUCACAGAUAAGAUCUGUAAAUGUAUAGUCUUGGUAGAGGUUAAUCACCACCAUUAAUAUUGUUGUCACUUUUUUUCUUUAAGUGGGACAGCAUUGCUUUUUGUUACAUAUUUCAUCAGUGUGACUGGUUCGGUGUCUGUGCUUUACAUUUCUGUAAACUGCAGCAUGCUUUAUAUUGUAUUUUAUCACAUUUGCUACAUUUUUGUGCUCAAGUCUUAACUGCUUUUUUUAAAUAUAAAACCAGGUCUGAACAUGUUGUGUUUUUUUUAAUAUAAUCUAAAUAUGAGAGUAACCAUUUGUGCCAGCUUCCUGCUGAGAUUUCAUCUCUUGAAAAGCGUGUACAACGGAAAGUAAACUGAGCAGGAAGUAAUAUAGGCCAGCUGUGGGCUAUGACGCCUAAGGCUGCGACUAGCCUACUUGAGCGCUCUGAUUGUGCCGAGUUCAGCGACGAGUUCGGUGAAUUUCUUGGGAAUUGCAGGGAAAUAACGGUUGUCGUAUUUGGCUCAGUUCUGCAAAUACUUACAAGAAAUAGAUUAAUCAUUUUUUAAUGCACACAACCUACAUCCCUUGGCUAUGAUUACCCACCACAAUGUAAUUUAUGGAACAUACCGUUCACUAGCAGUCUGACCGAAAGUACAGUAUCAGGAGUGAAAUGUUACAUUUAACCCCGUAGGUGGGCUAAAAACUCGCCGGGGUUACACCUUACAGUUUGAAUAGCUUAACACAAAGUAAGGUAAUUCAAUAAAAUUCCAUGUUAUAUGAUACAAACAGUCUUUAAUCAUUAAAAAAAAAUCAUUUAUGUUUUUCAUGGCCUACCUAUAUCGUUCCCAAGACUGUAGGCCUAGCCUACGUUAUUUUCGGGUUCCCGUCCCGUUUUUUCGAUCCAAACAGCUGUAUCAGUCGAUGUCACAUGUCAACAUGUAGCCUAAAGUUAGUCAAGAUGAAUAUAUAUACGAAGAUCAGGUCUGAGUUGAACAAAUCCAAUCAAUUGGUUAAUCAAUAGUCCACUGACCACACAGACUUUUGGAAAUAUCGCCCGAAAUAUUUAAGCUAUGGAAAUCUUCCGCCGUUCGUUGGACGCAAAGAGAAGGUAAUUCUGCGCGUUUAACCAGAAAUAUGUCGUUCAAGCUGCAUCCACCUUAAAAGUCUUAGCCUACAUUUUGCCCCUCGUUACGUUUGGCCCGGCUCUCCCCUACACGUGUCCAUGUAAUUAAGUGUGCCUAAAAUGGCAUGAGAGCCGUCAGAAUUGCAGCAUUACUUUAGACGCGGACAGUCCGUUAUGGAAAGUACUGGAUAGCAAUCCGUCCAGUUUGCGUCAUGGUUUGGAGGAUCUUGUUGCGGAACGCUCAAUGAAGCAUGGAAGUUUUUGAUUAGCAGAUAUUUGAAUUGUUCUAUGGCCUUCCCGUGUCGUUGUUGGCUAAUAAAAGAUUAUCCAAAUGUGA